AUGGCCUCAUCUCAAACCGAUCACAACGUCAGCCACGACGAACGCUUCAGACAUGAAGUUUUGAAAGGCUUUGCAGAAGACCUUCAAGAGAUAGCAAGUGACAAGGAGAAGCAAGAUCUUCUCAUAUCUAUCAAGAGCUUUGCUUUUCACUUUAUCAAAGAGCCACAAAAAAGACCUAUGGCAGACUUCCCCACCGUACAGCAGAAUCUUGACGCCUUGUGGCAUAUGUUCUUCAAAGCCAGCAUCGCUAUAGACAGUGACAGCUUGUUCCAAGAUCGUCUUGUCCUUCUACUAUUGUGGACAAGACAUUUUGAUCUUGUGUACAAAGAUCUCUAUACUGGGCAGAAUAUAGCAGGGAACUGGGAAUCAUAUGGUUUUGCACAGAGUCUACAGACAUUCUGGGAAGCGCUUAUGAAAGGAGGUUCAGAGGCUGAGCUACAAAGGCUUGCUACUUUCUCUGCCAAGGUCUUGGCUGCUGGCAUAUGCGAGGAACAGAUCCCUUCGACUGGACUAUGGUAUAUGCGCGAGGUCCUUGAGGCCAACGAUGACAACAUUGCCAAGUUUCUGCCUGGCGCAGUUGUAUGGAUGGAACUAUGUCCUCACGCGCUCUUCAAGGACUGCGUUCUCAGAGGAGACGAACAGCAGUCAGAACAGUCAUCACUGAAUAUUGGGACCCUUCCGAAGGAUCAGGGCAUUGAUGAUGCCGGAUUCAGCAUGGCGCGGUGGUUGAUUUGGAGACGUCGCUUCCAGAAGCUCAGCCAUCACCCCGAUACUUCGCUUGCGCAACUUGCUAAGAAGGGAUUCAUGGCUAUGAUCCACUGCGGCCGAGAUAUUGACUACACUGUCCCAGGUGAAAACGUAUUUGCCGAAAGGUUACAGGCUACCAUGUGGACUGAACUCGUCAAGAGUGGAAAGGAAAGCCUGGAUGGUGAUGAUGUCGAUAUCGACCCCGAUUGGGUUGAUGGGCAGAUCGAGUGA